AGGGAGUGCACCCGAACCAGGGGGCCGCCGAGGGCAGGGGACGCCUCGCAGGGGAGACGCGCAGGGGCGGGGCAGAGGUCAGCUGGAGGGUCUGGAGUAGCGAGCGCCCCACGGAGGCCCCAGGAGACGGGAGGGGACUGCGAGAGGACCCCGGCGGCCGGAGCCCCCGUGCCAGCGCCAUGAGACCGCUCGUCGCCCUGCUGCUCCUGGGCCUGGCGGCCGGCUCGCCCCCGCUGGACGACAACAAGAUCCCCAGCCUGUGCCCGGGGCACCCCGGCCUUCCCGGCACGCCGGGCCACCACGGCAGCCAGGGCCUGCCCGGCCGCGACGGCCGCGACGGCCGCGACGGCGCGCCCGGGGUUCCGGGAGAGAAAGGCGAGGGCGGGAGUCCGGGGCUGCCGGGGCCCCGGGGGGAGCCCGGGCCACGAGGAGAGACGGGACCCGUGGGAGCCACCGGGCCUGCGGGCGAGUGCUCGGUGCCUCCGCGCUCCGCCUUCAGCGCCAAGCGCUCCGAGAGCCGAGUGCCUCCGCCGUCCGACGCGCCCCUACCCUUCGACCGCGUGCUGGUCAACGAGCAGGGACAUUACGACGCCACCACCGGCAAGUUCACCUGCCGGGUGCCCGGGGUCUACUACUUCGCGGUCCACGCCACCGUCUACCGGGCUAGCCUGCAGUUCGAUCUGGUCAAGAAUGGCGAGUCCAUCGCCUCUUUCUUCCAGUUUUUUGGGGGGUGGCCCAAACCAGCCUCGCUCUCCGGGGGCGCCAUGGUGAGGCUGGAGCCAGAGGACCAGGUGUGGGUGCAGGUGGGCGUGGGCGAUUACGUUGGCAUCUAUGCCAGCAUCAAGACAGACAGCACCUUCUCGGGAUUUCUGGUGUAUUCUGACUGGCACAACUCCCCUGUCUUUGCUUGAUGCCCACUGGAAAGUGAGCGGUGUGACACUCACAGCCACAUCGUCCCGGGAGGGCUGGCCCCCCCUUGGGAUCUUGUGAACCACUCCAGUCCUGCUGCUGGCAGAGAAUGGGGACAGAGGCUGUCUGAGAUCAGGGCUGGCAGUGAGGGGCAGUGGCUGGAUUUCUGCCCAAAACCAAAGGAGCGCUCUGUGCUGGCAGGUGUGGGUCCCCAGUUGCUCUGGCCCAGGAUCCCAGAGGGGGGGUGCCCUCUUCCUGGUGUUCUGCUUCUCUGGGUCCUCCCUUGUCCCUCCUAUUCCUGGGCCCUUUUCUCAGAGAUUAUUCAAUUAAAAAAAAAAAAAAAAGUC